AGAAUUUUAGAGGUGGGGGGGGGGGCUUAAUUUCUCCAGCCCCCCUCCUGCGUUUUAAUUUUACGUACUUUACAUGAUGGGUACAAAACUUUUUCUUUGCAGUAAAUUUGGGCACAAAACUAGUAUAAAACGUUGUCGAUCUUGAAUUUUAAUUUUGAGGAGGUGGGGGGUCUGGAGAAAUGGACCUGAAGUAUGCGAUGCGACGUCGCAAAUCGAGUUAUGUGAUUGCCGAUUUACACCGUCGAUAAAAUGAGCGAAACAACACAGGUCCAUUAUACCUCAGGUUUCUCAAAAUUUUAUCUAUUCACGAACGUCACUUCCCACUGAUGAGACUCGGUAGGGAAACUAAUGAGUAACAAAUUAGAUCGCGCUAUGUUGCGAUUGCCAGGCGUGUCUCUUGCAUUUAGAAAAUUUGUUAGUGGUUCGUACUUUCUCGUGAUAACGUUGGGAGGUCUAUGGGCUACAUAUGUCGAAAUAAAUGGGUCCAGAAUAAUACAUUCAACCGAAUACACAUUCUCACGAAGCAUACAUACAUCUGUUGGAUUCACAGACGCUCCGCCGGUUUUUCGAAAUCACAGCGAUAUCAAAUGGGGAACUUCGGAAUUUCCAAAUGUCAUCGAGGAGCGCGCCUCAACGGUAAAAAAAUUAAACGUCAGCACGGAGAAGCCUUUAGAUCUCAACCUCACGAUUUUGGAUAAUCCCGAUUCAGAAAAAGCAUACCGUGUUAAUACGUCGGCUCUUUUUGGAAACUUCAAUGAAACCGGAGGUGCCCGUGGAAACCUGUCGGAAUCAGAGAAAAUUUAUGAAUCUCUAUGCAGUCAUAAAAUUAUUCCGGAUGUUCUGCAAUCUAAUUUAACGACGACGUCUUUGAAGUGUUUGCAGGUCAAGUAUGGUACAGAGGCUGUGAAGUAUGGAACAGAGCUGUAUUCUUUGCAGAUAGAAAAUGAGCCUGUGGUAGUGUUCAGAGGAGAAAGACAGACGUAUUAUACUUUAAUUGCUAUUGGUCCAGAUAUGCCAUCCUACACGGAGCACGACGAACGAAACUGGUUGCAUUGGUGCGUUGGAAACAUACCAGAAGGAAACGUUUCUCGUGGUCAAGUUAUGACCCCAUACUGUGGCCUCACGCUUGGUUAUGAGCUAGGUCCUCAUAGAAUAGUAUUCUUACUCUAUAAGCAGCCCAAGAGAAAAAGACUGAACUUUGAGGAGUCGGAAUUUUCUGACAGGUUGGAUUUCUUCAGAAGAGGAUUCUAUAAUCCUCACACUUUUGUUCAGAGGUAUAAUCUAACUGGUCCAGUAGCCGUUAACUACUUGAUCGGCCUGUGGGAAAACGAAAUCCAUCAAGCAGGUUCGAUUUACCAAUAGCUAAGAAUUAUGUCAAUGUAAAAACUGUAUAGCCGUGUCAGAGGACUUUAUUUUGUAAUACGUAAUUUUAUAACAAAGUUUUUUUCCAAAUUAAAGGCACUUAAAGCAGUUUGAUUUUGACUCAGAAAA